AUGUCAGACGAAAACUUUACAAAGUCAAGACCGCCAAGUUAUGGUACUAUAGGUUCAGAGGAAAUUUCUUCCGGUCAGCAGUUAUCACCGAAUUUACAAAACUUUGACCGGUUGCCUUUUGAAGAGAGAGCGACUCAACAUGGAGUAUAUAUUUCAUUACCAACUGAUGGUACAGCUGAACAUUACAAGUGGGACAUUUUAAUAUUAGGGGCGACUGGGUGGUGUGCUGUAUUCCUUAUAAGAAAACCGACAUUUUUUAUAUUUUCAAAACUAAUAAGUUUUAAAGUAUCUACGAGUUCUAUUUUAACUUUAUUUUUUAUUGGGUUCAUCGAAGAACUUGUUAGAAUGGGUUGGCUGUAUUAUUUUGUGGGUGAAGUAGAUAAAUUUUUAAUGGCAUAUUGGUUAGGUUUAGGUUGGGCGACUGGUGAAGCAAUAUACUUUAUAAUACAAAAUUUUAUAGAACUUAGGUGGUAUAGAGACGAGUUAGAAAUGGAUGGAAGUAGAUAUGUCGAAGAAAGGAGCGAAAUAGAAGAGAUUUUGGGAAGACCUUUGACCAAAAUUUCCGCUUGGUGGGGUGUAAUGUGGAGAUUUUCUUGGAUAAUGAUUCAUAUUGGUUUUAGUUGUUGGAUUGCUUCCAUUUCUUUGUUGGUUUAUCCCGCCGCUUUAAUUCAUGGUUUACUUCUCAUCGUUUGGGGGUAUUGUUUACCUUCAUUCGGCAUUCCCGCUACAAGUUACGGAACCUUGCUCGUUUCCAUGACCGUCUUCUUAAUUGCAUCACACAAAUUUUACUAUUUUGGACAUUCCCCGGGAAAACAUUUUAGUUCAACGAGAGUUUCUCACGAUGUGUCAAUAAAACCAGAAAAGUUACCGAUAUCAUCAAUAAUUGGGAAUAAGGAUCAUUGCCCAGGAUGUGGAGCAAGUUUUCAAACGUUAGAUUCGACCAAACCUGGUUAUUUGAUCAAACCUUCUCACUCAAAGUGUGAACAAGUUGAAGAGAAACGUCACGUUAAAAAGUUAACUGAACGUGAAAUUGAGGACGCGAUAGAUAAUUUACCACAAGAUUUGAAGGGAUUAAUGUAUCCCCUUGGGUAUUCAAAAUUUACACGAAAAGAAAAUGAUAAAGAAGAAAAGAUAUUUUGUCAAAGGUGUUAUAAUUUAAAAUAUCAUAAUAAAAUUAUCACUUCAUCAUGGCAAGAAACUUUAACGUCUGAUAAAUCAUUCCUUCAAUUUUUACAAAAAAAGAAAAAUUCAAUAAUCUUAACGGUAAUCGAUAUAUUUGACUUUCCUGGUAGUUUGACAAAAGAUUUAGAUCAAUUGAUAGGUCGACAUCAUCCGAAUAUCUUAAUAGCGAAUAAGAUUGAUUUAUUACCAAAAGAUAUUAAUCCUAAUAGAAUUAAAAUGUGGUUAAAAGAAUAUUGUUCAAUGUAUGGAUUAAAUAAUUUACACGAGAUUUUUUUAUGUAGUGCAAAAAAAAAUUGGAAUAUCAAAGAAUUAUGUAAUGAAAUAUCAAGGAUUAGGAAUUAUAAAGAUGAUAUUUAUUUAAUUGGUAACACCAAUGUUGGUAAAUCCGAAUUGAUCAAUAGCCUUUUAAGAACUUGUGUUUAUCAUGGGGGAAAUUAUAAAGUGACCUCUUCUCAUAUACCUGGUACUACCAUUAACAUGUUGGGUUUACCUUUGGACCUUUUUAAUGAUGCCCUUGGUAAGAAUGUUAAGGGAAUGAUCUUUAAUCGUAAAGAGGAUGGUACAUUUUUGUUUGAUACUCCUGGGAUUGUUGGUGAAAAUCAAAUAUUACAUUACUUAAAUCAAGAUGAAUUAAAAAUGGUCAUUCCCCAGCGAAAUAUUCUUCCAUUAACAUACGAAUUUAAGCCAGGAAAAUCUUUAUUAUUUGGAGGAUUAGGUAGAAUAGAUUAUAAGGAGGGUAACAAACCAAUUCGUAUAACAGUAUUUACAAAAUUAAUUACACAUAUCACAUCAAUUGAGAAAGCAAACGAAUUUUACGAACAAUUAUCAUCUUUUGAUGAAAAUCAUUUCUUAGAGCCUCCGAUAGGAUCAAUAGAUCGUCUUAAACAAUUCCCUAGAAUAAUCAAAGUUAAAAAGGACUUGAAGGUGAUAGGGGAUUGUCAUCCGAAAAAAAGCAUUUGCGUUUUAGAUGUUGUAUGGGGUGGUAUUGGGUGGUGUAGUAUAGGUGGAGUUAGAGAUGGUGAAUCUGUUAUAUUUGAUGUUUGGAGUCCUGAUGGGAAAGGCGUCUAUACUAGAAAUUUUCCUUUAUUACCUAAUGAAUUUCGUGGUAAACUUGAAAAAAUAAAUUAA